AUGGGUGGAUGGACUUAUUGUUUGAUGUAUGGUGUUUUUACAACAACCAAACCUGCAGUUGGUGCUGACAAGGUACCAUCAAACUUUGCCCAAAAUCAUGUUCAUGUAAAAAAAUUAAAUAUCUGUCCUGUGCAUCCUUUGGAAAAGAGAUACUAUUCAAUUCAAUUUCCAGCCUACUACUUUUGUUUAAAAUCAUCUUCGUUUUGGUUGAUCAUCAGACCAUUAUCAUCAUAA